UCACUUUGUUUCCUAAUUGCAAUAAACAAUUUUGGAGUAUUACUGUAUAUACAGAGUCCUAUUAAGAGUAGAUUUCACCGUUAGUCCCAAAGCUUCGAAAUACAGGCAAUGAAGCUCGGUCUCAUUACUGCAUAUUCCCGUUCUUCUCCGACCACCGUCACACUCAUCUCCGGCAAUCCCCAUGCUAAAACAGCGACGUUUGGCGUGAAAUUUACCUCUUCCUUCAGACUCAACUCCGGCUACAAAAUCUCUAGCUUCUCCCUGACAAUUUGUUCGUCUAAAUCAUCAUCUGCAGUUGAUUCUGCCGGUGCCGGAACGGAAACCUAUAAUCAAACUGUAGAUGGAGAAAUUUCGUCGCCUCAGGUUACGGAAUCGCUCAAUGUUGAAGUCGGAAGCCCUAAAAUUCUACCGAGUUAUUUCCCUCCCAAAUUAAGCUUAAGUGACCAAGCUUUCUUUCUCUUGGCCUUCAUUGCUUGCACGACGUCGGUGGCUUUCACAAGUCUGGUAGUUGCAACUGUACCAACACUGUUUGCGAUGCGUAGAGCAGCAAUAUCUUUGUCUAAGUUGGCAGAUACUGCUCGAGAGGAGCUUCCUAGUACAAUGGCUGCUAUCAGGCUGUCUGGGAUGGAAAUCAGUGACCUUACACUGGAAUUGAGUGAUUUAAGUCAAGAGAUUGCUGAUGGUGUCAACAAAUCUGCUCGAGCUGUGCAAGCAGCAGAAGCUGGAAUCAGACAAAUUGGGUCUCGUGCUCACCAGCAAACAAUGUCAAUGAUUCAGGAGAGAGCAGAUCUUCCAGUCAUAUCUUUGCAGCCAGUUGUAACUGGAGCAGCAAAGAAGACUUCUCGUGCUGUUAGCCAAGCUACGAGAAGAUUCAUGAAUAUGAUUUCUGGAGGUGAACUUGGCUCAGAAAUGGAAGACAACAGGGAAAUUGAUCCAGAACCUUAAGAGAACAUGUCUCCAUUAUUUUACUCGAUCAUUGGCAGAGUAAAAACAUGUUUAUAUGUUCCAAACAAAAUCCUGAACAUGAACAACACAUGUAAAAGUAAUGAUUCAGAACGUUUUUCAGUAAAUAUUAGCCAUCUUUCAAGAAUGAGGUAGGCAGCUAUGUUUUCACGCCUGCUGUGUGGGAAGGAGAGUUUCUUCUGCUCGCACUUGAGAUUGUCAGAACUGCACAGCAAAUCAUGGUUAUCCAGUUAUUCACUAGUGAGCUACUUAAUUUGUUCAAUUGUAUUUUGGCAAAAACAAUUUGGAUAUUUUAUCUUUGCACAUGGUGAACCACAGAUGUUUCUUGUAGAAUGAUUUUCAAUGUUAAAUG